AGACUGGAGCCAACUCACGGGAGAAAAAAUCCUAUUGGCAUCGAGGAGGCAGGGAGCCAGCCCCUGGGCGCGGUCUGCAGGGGGCAGGCGAUCGCGCGGGGAAGCGGGGGCAGGACGAGGCCGGCGCUGGUGCCGGCUCGGCAGCUGCCCGCAGCCGCAGGGAGUCCUCGCCGCGCCUCCGCCCGGUGCGCCCUCCUUGGGCCGCGGACUCCGCACUGCGCUCCACCGCUGACAUGUGUGCCGCCCGGAUGCCGCCCCUGGCGCACAUCUUCCGAGGGACGUUCGUCCACUCCACCUGGACCUGCCCCAUGGAGGUGCUGCGGGAUCACCUCCUUGGUGUGAGCGACAGCGGCAAAAUAGUGUUUUUGGAAGAAGCGUCCCAACAAGAAAAGCUGGCCAAAGAAUGGUGCUUCAAGCCAUGUGAAAUAAGAGAACUGAGCCACCAUGAGUUCUUCAUGCCUGGGCUGGUUGAUACACACAUCCAUGCCCCUCAGUACUCUUUUGCCGGGAGUAACGUAGACUUCCCACUUUUGGAGUGGCUGACCAAGUACACAUUUCCUACAGAACACAAAUUCCAGAGCAUCGACUUUGCUGAAGAAGUAUAUACCAGAGUUGUUAGGAGAACACUAAAGAAUGGAACCACCACAGCUUGUUACUUUGCAACAAUUCACACUGACUCAUCGCUGCUCCUUGCGGAAAUUACAGAUAAAUUCGGGCAGCGGGCAUUUGUGGGCAAAGUCUGCAUGGAUUUGAAUGACACUGUUCCAGAAUACAAGGAAACCACUGAGGAAUCAAUCAAGGAAACAGAGAGAUUUGUGUCAGAAAUGCUCCAAAGGAAUUAUUCUAGAGUGCAGCCCAUAGUGACACCACGUUUUUCCCUUUCCUGCUCUGAGACUUUGUUGGGUGAACUUGGGAACAUCGCGAAGACCCAUGAUUUGCACAUUCAGAGCCAUGUAAGUGAAAAUCGUGAUGAAGUUAAAGCUGUGAAAAACCUAUACCCUGGUUAUAAAAACUACACAGAUGUGUAUGAUAAAAACAACCUUCUGACAAAUAAGACAGUGAUGGCACAUGGCUGCUACCUUUCUGAAGAAGAACUGGAUGUAUUCAGGGAACGAGGAGCAUCCAUCUCACAUUGUCCCAAUUCUAACUUAUCGCUCAGCAGUGGCCUUCUCAAUGUGCCAGAGGUCCUGAAACAUGGAGUGAAGAUAGGGCUGGGUACAGAUGUGGCUGGUGGUUAUUCAUCUUCCAUGCUUGAUGCAAUCAGAAGAGCAGUGAUGGUUUCCAACGUGCUUUCAGUUAAUAAGAUAAAUGCGAAAAGCCUCACCCUCAAAGAGGUCUUCAGACUAGCUACUCUUGGAGGCAGCCAAGCCCUGGGGCUGGAUAGACAGAUUGGAAACUUUGAAGUGGGCAAGGAAUUUGAUGCCCUCCUGAUCAACCCCAAAGCAUCUGACUCUCCCAUUGACCUGUUUUAUGGGGAUUUUGUUGGUGAUAUUUCUGAGGCUAUUAUCCAGAAGUUCCUCUAUCUAGGAGAUGACCGAAAUAUUGAAGAGGUGUAUGUGGGUGGAAAGCAGGUGGUUCCCUUUUCGAGCUCAGUGUAAGACCCUCUGCAUCUACGAGUUCUCCUGGGGUAACACAGUUCUGUGUUUUCUUGUGCCCAGGCGGAGUUAGGAAGUCAAAAACCAGUACCUUGUUCUUGGGAUGACUAUCUCCUUCUGUGUCUAGUUACAGUAUUCACUUGACAAAUCGUUCAAAGGAAGUUGCUCUAAUUCUCAACUCUCUGGUUGGGAGGAUUAAAAAUUUCGCCUUUUUGAGCUGUUUAGAUUUACUUUAAAGCUCAAACAUAAGGGAAUGUUAUUACUGGUGGUGUUCUUAUUAUGAGAUUUAAAUAAAAUCUAUUUCACAUUUGGACAUGUGGAGAGAAAAGAUAUUCUUAUAAGGUUAGAUAUUUUGAGCUAGUAAAUGUGAAAAUUAGAAAACAGAAAAUGAACCAGUGAAUAUAUUUUUGAGGGAGAAAAAAUUAGACUAUGAACACGUGUUAGAAAAUGAUUUCAGAUUGUGUUUGAAAAUUAUAUACUGAGCAUACUAAUUUAAAAAGAGAACUUGUUGAAUUUUAAAAUGUAUUUCUCGAUUGACCUUGUGUUCUGGAAAUAUGCACUUAAUGGAACUUGCAUUUCAGAGAUAUGUUAUUGUUGUGCUUUGCCUUCUUUGGGGAUGAAAUGUCAGAAAUUGAAUGCCACAUGCUUUCUUAAUAUAGUUCUGUGCUUCAAAGUGUUUGACAGAAGUUGGGUAUUAAAGAUUUAAAGUUUCUUAGGAAUAUUAUUCAUAUAACUACAUGGCAUAAAUAGCUAUACUUUUGUGUACUUUAAAAUCACAAUGUAUAAUUGUGUGAUGCUAUUAUUGCUUCAUUUUUAUUAGAAGAGAAACAAAUUUCAUACUCCACUGUUGUGUAGAUUGGAGUCUUUCAUAUAUUGGGACAAGUGCCGGGAUUCCAGGAGCUGUCAAUACUAAAAGGAAGGGUUUCAUUGCAAUGACCCAUUCUCCCAAAGAACUAUUCCAUAGUUGCUGGAAAUUUCAUACUCAGAUAUCAAUCUGUUAGAACUUUAAAUGAAGGACAAAUCCUACUAGAUAAAUAUUAUUUAAAAUCUUUAAACCUUGCAUAUUGAAAGUACUCUAUUUUUCAAUUUUAUCUUGUCUUUUUCAUUCCUAAUAAUUUUCAGGACAUUAGAAUUUUAGGAUAAUGAAAAAUAUUUAGAUGUCCCACUACUGUUUAUAUUAACAGGACUUAAUCUGUACUAGACAUCUGGAAACAUUAAACAAAGCAAAGAGUGUUUUUAUGCUUCCUAAUAGUGUGCUUUCCCAUAACGUGGAAUUAAAAACAAAUUAUGACUUCAUGAUAAAUCCUUAAGAAAUAUUGAUAUGAAUAUUAUUUAAAUAUUAUAGUUUUCUCAGUUAACUCCAAAUCCUAUAAACCAACAAGGAAAAGGAGUAGUUUUCUUAAUAUAUCCUAACACUCAUACCUAGGGCUUAGGGCUUAGGGCUGACUCCUUAUUAUCACCUUAUAGUAAAGAACUUUAUGUAAUGUAUCUGCAGAAUGAAGAAGAAAAUUUGUUCUCUGGUACUAUAUAUUUUAUUCUUAUAUAGUCAUGCUAAUUCAGCAGUAAUUUGCUCAGUCUCUGGCCCCUCAACCCUGGAGAAAACACUUCUAGACUUGGGUAUACCCUACACCUAAAGAUAGAACAAAUAUUUGGUCUUAUUUAAAAAGCAGAAACAAAAAACCAGGGUUUGUGUUGUGAGGUAUUAAGUAACUCAGUAAACCCAGUUUCCAGUCUCAGUCUAGAAUUCCUAGUUCCUGAGCCAUGUCAAAGAUGCCCCACCAAGUUUCUUUCCAUUUCUCUAUAGUGCCGGUAGGUAUUUUCUGCUUUAUCUCCCCAGUUCCUGCCAAAGAAACUUGGUUAUCUAGUUUCUAACUCACAUGAGUGGGCUUAGGAAUUUGGAAUGACAUGUGCAAGAUCCAGUAAUAGGCAGAAGCUGUUCUUAGCCUUUGCAACAUCCUACACUUUUACCUUCCAAAAGGGUGUACAUUUUGAUGUUGAACAUCAACUUUCAUUUAGAUUUAGGACUUACAUGCAGCAAAUAUAAAUAAGUGUGGCAUCAGAAGCAGGAAUAAUGGCCAUAUACAACCAAUCUGUCAAAUAUUAAGUUUAGCCCUGAUAAUAUGUUAAGACCUGAAUAUCUUUUCUAGUACGAAUAGAAUGUAUUGAAAUGUUUACAUGUACUUUGAUCUCCCUGCAUUACUUAUAACUUAUGUGUUUUAUUUCCCAGAGUGCAGUGUUGCUGAAUGUUGCAUAUGCUUUUUGCGGUACUGCAGGCAUUAGCCAUACACGUGCCCAGAUGUUCUGCACUUUGAAAUGUUGCCUUUACUUAAUGUGGGUUGACUUUCUGAAUUGCGGAAAGGCAGUAUUCCAAGCCAAUCCUAUUUGUCACUUUAUGUGUGAAUAUUUUGCUCUCUGACAGGAAAGGAAGAAUUAAAACAUCUUCUCAGCCCCCUCACCCUACUCUGCACUAUUUGCCUCAGGUUUCAUGAUAUUUUUAAUGGAAUACACUUUAACAGGUAAAAACGUAUUCAAUAGUAGUGACUAUCAUACAUUUAAAAAUAUUUUUGCAACCAGAACAGAAAAGCAGGCUAAUCAGCCAACAUGAAUUUAAUUUUCAAAAAAGAGUAAAAUGUAGGAUUAGAACAGGAAAGGUUGUCCUGGUAAUUGUAAACUGAGACCAAGGAAACUCUGUCCCCUUAUUUAUUCUCCCAGCUUCUUCUGAUCUAAUUGUCAAAGGUUUUAGAAUCCAAGAGAAUAUCUUGGAAUAAGCUUCCUUCAUGCUAGGAGGAGGUCUUUCUAAAUUAAUAUUAUGAGCAUUGAACCUCACUGCAUCUCUUUUAAUUUUUGUGAGAAUUCUGCACGGUCAAGAAAGGAAGGCAGUGGGGAAACACCCCUGUUACGCUUAGCUGAUUUGAAGUGUGCCCUUGAAUAUCCCUGUUGGCAGCUACAGUUGAGAUCUCAGAAGGGAAACAAUGGCUGUGAGAUCCAGCAAUGUAGUUUGAAUCUUCAUUCCCUUCCAGACUCUUCCUGUUUUUAAUUUUUUCACCUCAGAACCAGACAUAUGGAAAGCUUUAAAGACAAGCUGGAAGGCACAUUGUAUCAAUUCUACAUGUGUGCUAUACAUGGAAGAUAUCCUGAGCUGGAUGCUCCUGUAGCCUGCUGGACAGAGGUGAUGAUGCUGGAAGCAAUCACAUGUUUUUUUUCUUUUAAAGAGUGUUCUGAGUUAUUGAAAGGUAGACUACAAAAUAUGUCAUGGGCAAUGUCUUGAAGAAAUGUUUAAACUGGUGGAUUUUUGUGAAUUUUUAAGGUUUUUUUUCUUUGCAAUUUCAGAUCUACUUAGCCACUUUAGGUAUGACUUUGGACCCUGACACUUUUUUAAUGUCUCUAAAGCAUGGAAAGAAGUGCAGAAAUGAACAGACACGUAUUAGAAACCCUGGCAUUGGUCCCAUGCAUGUUUUCAUGCCCAGCCCCUCCUUCAUUUCCCUCCUACAGUCUUAAGUGUGAGAGAUCAAGAGGUGAGGAGUUAAUUUGUAAAUCUGAUACAAAUUGAGUGAAAUGCAAAAGUUGAACAGGCCAAUGGUGAAACUAAAUAUAAAUUCCAAGAUGGUUUCCACAGUCCACCGGAUUCAAGUGACUUGAGUAACAGCCAUUAUGUGAUUGAUGUGUUCACUUCCUACUCAAAAGCCCGUCAGAAAGCAUUCUUUAUUGAAAACCACCUUACAUUGUGUUAAACUUCUGAUCGCUGCUAUUAAGAAUAUAUAUACAUAUGUAUUCAUGGGAACAUUUUUUCUCAAUAUUUGUAUGAUUUGCUUAUUGUUCCUAUGCUGAGUGAGCUCCUUUUUGCUUCAGACAAAAAUAAACGAGAUUUUGUGUUUA